UUUCUUCUCUUUGUUUUUAAUUAUCAAUGUCUUCGAUUUUUGUAAGUUAUAAGCACUCAUUAAAAUAAUUGCUGAAUCGAUCUCUCCAUUUUUAAAUUCUAAAAGCUUUUCCUUUUUGAUCUAAAAUAGGUUUCUUAGGGUUAGCUGUUUGGGAGUUUCAGGUUGAUUUUGUUUGAUGCUUAGUUUGAGUUGAAGCCAGAAUUCAUACUGCACCAUGGGUUUUGAUAAUGAGUGCAUCUUGAACAUUCAAUCUCUUGCUGGAGAGUAUUUUUGUCCUGUUUGUCGCCUGCUAGUCUAUCCAAAUGAAGCUUUACAGUCACAGUGCACUCAUCUAUACUGUAAACCAUGUUUGUCAUACGUUGUUAGUACUACUCGCGCAUGCCCUUAUGAUGGCUACUUGGUUACAGAAGCAGAUUCGAAGCCACUUAGUGAAUCAAACAAAGCACUCGCUGAAACCAUUGGCAAGAUAACAGUUUAUUGUCUUUACCAUAGGAGUGGAUGCACGUGGCAGGGCCCUUUAUCUGAGUGUACUUCUCAUUGUUCGGAAUGUGCCUUUGGCAAUUCUCCUGUUGUAUGUAACAGAUGCGGAGUUCAAAUUGUGCACCGUCAAGUGCAGGAACAUGCACAAAAUUGUCCUGGCGUGCAGCCUCAAGCUCAUGCUGAAGGUGCUAAGGAUGCUGCAGUUACAGGGACACCUGCUGCUGGUGAUCAGAACCAGGCUGCCACUCAGGCAGCAACUACUAGUGCUACUACUCAAACCACCGCUUCCUCAACGCCUGGGCAGGGCUCCAAUCAGCAAGCCAACCCAACUACACAGUCCCAGCCUGCAGUGCAGGCUGUAGUCUCCACAGCAGACCAAUGGUAUCAACAGCAACAGCAAUAUCAGCAGUACUACCAGCAAUAUCCUGGAUAUGAUCCAUAUCAACAGCAUUAUCAGCAGUACUAUCCUUAUCAACAGCAAGCAGUUCCCCAAUGUACACAAUCACAGGUUUAUAUGCAGCCUCAAACACAAGUUCAACCUCAGGCGCAGCUGCAAACGCAAGCUCAGUCACAUCCACAAGUUCAGCUACCUGCUGCUGCUCAACCUCAGAGCCAGGGCCAAGUCAAUCCACAGCAACAAACACACACUCCGAUACAGCCACAAUCUCAAUUACCGUUGCAAACACAUGCACCACCUCAUGGCCAACCACCUCCUCAGGCUCAACUGCACCAACAAACCAAUCCUGUCCAGCAGCAUCCACAACAUAUACAAUUGCCUCAAUAUCAGCAGCCUCAUUCACAGAUGCAGCAUCCACAAUCCCAGGUUCUGACACAAGCUCAUUCUCAGCUUCAUCCCCAGCAUCCUGUCCCUCAAUCCCACCCUCCUGCACAAGGUCUGCCACAAACACAUGCUCAAUAUCCUAUGCAGCCCAUUCCGCAACCCUUUGCUUCUCAGCCAAAUCAUCCAGUGAAUCCUCAUGUCCAGCCUCAGCCACAGCAUUCAUCAGCCCAUGCAGUGACAGGACAUCACUCUUAUCCACAACCACAACCUCAACAGCAAUUGCAGCUGGGAGGCCUACAGCAUCCUGUGCAUUAUGCUCAAGGUGGGCCUCAGCCACAGUUCCCUCAACAAUCUCCUCUGUUGCGUCCGCCACAGUCUCAUGUUCCAGUUCAAAACCCUCAACAAUCUGGUUUGCUGCCUUCACCAGGACAGGUCCCUAAUGUUCCUCCAGCACAACAGCAGCCAGUACAAGCCCAUGCUCAGCAACCUGGACUUCCUGUCCAUCAACUUCCUGUCAUGCAAUCAGUGCAACAACCAAUUCAUCAGCAGUAUGUGCAGCAGCAGCCCCCUUUUCCUGGACAGGCCCUGGGCCCAGUUCAGAAUCAAGUGCAUCAGCAAGGUGCUUACAUGCAGCAACAUCUACAUGGGCACUCUCAGUUACGUCCCCAGGGACCUUCUCAUGCUUAUACACAGCCACUGCAGAAUGUUCCAUUACCGCAUGGCACACAGGCCCAUCAAGCACAAAAUCUUGGGGGAAGGCCUCCUUAUGGAGUCCCAACAUAUCCCCAUCCACACUCAUCCGUUGGCAUGCAAGUAAGGCCAAUGCAAGUUGGUGCAGAUCAACAAUCUGGAAAUGCUUUCAGGGCGAACAACCAAAUGCAGUUGUCCUCUGAGCAGCCCUCCGGGGCUAUUUCAAGACCCACAUCUAAUAGACAAGGUGAUGACAUAAUUGAGAAAAGUUCAGAAGCUGACUCAAGCUCUCAGAAAAAUGUUAGAAGGGAUCCAAAUGAUUUGGAUGUUGCUUCUGGUCUUGGGUCUGAUGUAAGUGACUUAAAAACUGUAAUAUCAGAAAGCAAUCUUAAGCCCGUGGAUGAUGACAAUAAAUCCAUAAAUGAAGUGAAGGAAGAGCCCAAAAAGGGCAAUGAUGACCAGAAGGAUAUAUCUAAUACUGACAAUGAUGCAGAAGACAAAGGAGUGAAGGAUGGGCCAGUAAUGAAAAAUCGUCCACUGCCAGAAGCCGAACACCUUGAAGAUCAAAGUAUGAAGUCACAGAGGGGAAGAAAUGUGACUCCUCAACAUUCUGGGGGCUUUAUUCUGCAUGGUCAGGUGCAAGGUGAGGGCCUGGCACAGCCUUCACAUUCAAUUCCCAUUGCUGAACAAGGAAAGCAACAGCCUCCUGUAAUUCCUCACGGACCUUCUGCCCUUCAACAAAGGCCUAUUGGGUCCUCAUUGUUAACUGCACCACCUCCUGGAUCCUUACAUCACGGGCAGAUACCUGGGCAUCCUUCUGCCCGAGUUAGGCCUCUGGGUCCUGGACAUAUACCUCAUGGUCCUGAAGUAUCAUCAGCUGGCAUGACAGGCCUGGGUUCUACUCCAAUUACCGGGAGAGGAGGGAGUCAUUAUGGUCUGCAAGGAACUUAUACUCAAGGUCAUGCCCUCCCUUCUCAAGCUGAUCGAACUCCAUAUGGCCAUGAUACUGACAUGUUUGCAAACCAGAGGCCCAAUUAUACAGAUGGCAAAAGACUAGAUCCACUUGGACAACAAUCGGGCAUGCACUCAAAUGCAAUGAGAAUGAAUGGGGCACCAGGGAUGGACUCUUCAUCGGCACUUGGAUUGCGGGAUGAUAGGUUCAGACCUUUUUCGGAUGAGUAUAUGAAUCCCUUUCCUAAGGACCCAUCUCAGCGAAUUGUUGAUCGGAGAGAGUUUGAAGAAGAUCUCAAGCAUUUUUCUAGGCCUUCUGAUUUGGACACUCAGUCUACUACAAAAUUUGGGGCUAACUUUUCUUCAUCAAGGCCUCUUGAUAGGGGACCUCUUGACAAGGGGCUUCACGGUCCAAAUUAUGAUUCUGGGAUGAAAUUGGAAUCCUUGGGUGGCCCUCCCCCUUCUAGAUUCUUUCCUCCAUAUCAUCAUGAUGGUUUGAUGCAUCCCAAUGAUAUUGCAGAAAGAUCAAUUGGUUUUCAUGACAAUACAUUAGGCAGGCAGCCAGAUUCUGUGCGAGCUCAUCCGGAAUUUUUUGGACCAGGUCGUAGAUAUGACCGUCGGCAUAGGGAUGGUAUGGCCCCUAGGAGUCCAGGUAGAGAUUACCCUGGAGUAUCCUCACGUGGAUUUGGUGCCAUUCCUGGCCUGGAUGAUAUUGAUGGCAGAGAAUCACGUCGAUUUGGUGAUUCAUUUCAUGGUAGUAGGUUUCCAGUUUUGCCGAGCCACAUGCUCAUGGGUGAGUUUGAAGGUCCUAGUCAAGAUGGAUUUUCUAAUCAUUUUAGGAGGGGUGAACAUUUGGGUCAUCAUAACAUGCGUAAUCGUCUGGGAGAGCCAAUUGGUUUUGGUGCUUUCCCUGGCCCUGCAGGGAUGGGAGAUUUAUCUGGGACAGGAAAUUUCUUUAAUCCAAGACUUGGUGAGCCAGGAUUUAGAAGCAGCUUUUCCUUCAAGGGAUUUCCUGGUGAUGGUGGAAUCUAUGCAGGAGAAUUGGAAUCUUUUGAUAAUUCGAGGAGGAGGAAAUCAUCUAGCAUGGGAUGGUGUCGAAUAUGUAAAGUUGACUGUGAAACAGUUGAGGGCUUGGACCUCCAUUCACAGACGAGGGAACAUCAAAAGAGGGCUAUGGAUAUGGUUGUAACUAUAAAGCAGAAUGCGAAAAAGCAGAAACUAGCCAACAACGAUCAUUCCUCUGUUGAUGAUGCAAGCAAAUCAAAGAAUACCAGUAUUGAGGGCCGUGGGAAUAAGAAUUAGGUAGUGGUGAUGUCUUGCAGUGCAGGAUACGUGGGCCCAUUGUGGACUCAGGGUUGAGUUUGUUGCUUUGGUAUAUUUGUAUACUUGGUGUCUUCGGUGAUUCUUCCAUGCCUCUGCCAUUUGGGUGGCUUGCUAGUCUUGUCAUUUCAGGUUGACGCCCUGUUAAAGGAGAUGGUUUUCGGACCUGAAGUUCAGUGGCAGUUAAGUUUGUUGGUUUUUGAUUUUGAAGUCUUUUUCUUACAGAGCAUGGAUAGUUUUAUACCAAUUUUGGCAAGUUGUUUCAUCUUAUCAGUUAGUUGUGCAUGUGGUGCUUAUGUUAGUUCCUGAGUCUGCAUUUAUGAUAUUGAUAUUUAUGUAUGGCCCAUCCUUGUGAGUGAAAACUUUGAAGCUAACCUUGGUGCUAUGAAAAACUUAACUAUACUUUAUUAAACCAUUGCUGCAGAGAAGUAUUGAUGUUCAUUUAAAAACUCCCACUUUCAGUAUCAAAAUGUUGUGGAGCAUUUACCCCAGCUUCUAUUGAUGAAUAGUAUUAGCACAUGCAUGUCAUUGGAGUCUCUUCUUAUUUAAAGAUGACUACUGUUUUGUAUUGCCAUUGUAGGUUUUUAGAUUGUUUUGAGAGUUACAUUUAGUUGAACUCCGACAUUGUGGAACUGUUAAAUGUCGGAAUUAGGAUUUAAUCUACCUUUCCACUUCUUGUUUAAAGAUGGUGAUACUUUUCUAGGAACUAUUAUUGAGAUUUCUUUUUAUGGUUUUCUUCAAUCGAACUCUGAUAUCUGUUAAUGUUAAAUGAUAGUCAGAAGAUGCCUUGAGGUGUCUGUAUCUAUCCAGUGUUGCAAUCAAUACUGAAUGCUCCACUGUGGUUCUUACAACUCGAUUAUGAUUGUUUCGGACAAUCAAAUGGUGGAACUCUAGUAGGUUAUUAUCUAGGGAGAUUCACUCUUAAAUGACAAACAGAGCUGCAUAAUAUACUUGAUUUUUUCAAUUCGACCUGUCUUUUUACGGCCGAAGCAGACUACAAAAAGAAUGAAAGUUCAGCGGAAAGGUUAACUUCAACCAUCUUUUUUAAAUGUGUUAUGGGCAGCCUUUUUCAACGUUGGAUGCAAAUUCUGGACUACAAACAUGGUUGUUGAUUCUAUGUUUUCCAGGUUUGUUGUUUUCAUUCUUAAACAUUCUAAGUUGGAACCAUUUAAUGAUUCUGCUGUUUCCCUAAAAAAAAAAAAGAGGAGAAAUAUACCUUUUGCCUUUUCAGAUAUUAGUUGUCAUGUAGAUUUGGAAAAAGGCAUUUAGGACUUCCAAUAUGGACUGCAAAACUUAUGGAACAAACUACAUUAGAUAGAAUUCUUAUGCUAGAGAAAUGAUUUUUCUGCUAUUAUUAAGAAUAUAUUAGCAGAUAUUUAAUUGAUGGGGCGAUGGGGCUGCAGUUGUAUAUUUUCUCAGUCGAAAUCUUAAACAUGAAAGAGAAAUGAAAUUAACAGACAUGUGGAUUGGUAGAUUAGUACAGUUAUAGUGAAAAUUGUUAUGAUGUUAGAGGUUUCCACUUAUAUGAACCAAUAAUGGAUAUUGAUUCUUCCUUAUUUAUCUUAGUUAUAGAAAUAAAUUUGGUGAGAACAUUAGGAUUUUAUUUCACCUAUAUGGUUAGUAAAUUAAUAAUUUAAUUUCAAUAUAAUUAAAUAAACUUUAUUGUAUCUAUGAAGUCAUCAACUUUAAGGUUUCUUUUUCCCUAUUUUUAUAGGAUGUUAGAGAUCAAACCAUACAUAAUAUUUCUAAUAUAGUUUAACAAUUGAAUUCAAGGUCAUAGAACUUCACUUGGAAUGUCAAAAUGUUCGGCUUAUUUGUUUGAUAAUGAAUUUAUUGAAAUUGAAUUAAAAUAUUUUGUUUAAUAAUGAAUUUAUUGAAACUAAAUUAAAGUUAAGUUAGGUGAUUGAGAGAAAUAGAAGUUUAAUGGUAUUGAAAUUUAGUGAGAAUCUCCUUUUCCAGAAGAGUUAGCGAGAUAUGUUGGUGAAAUUAGCCUCCAAUUAGAGAGAUAUGGUCUUUAACUGACUCAUGAUUCAUAGAUUGAGGAUUUCUGGAGCCAGAUUAUGGCAAGGUAUUGAUAAAUAAAAGGAAAAAGGUAAUGUGGCGAUUAUCAGGGUGGGGGAACAGAAAAUGAUUUCACAUGCAGAAUAAGUGCAAGGUGACACAAGUGGUGGGAAGCAAGAAGGGGAAGAUAUGCUUAUGUAAAUCUUUAAUUUUCACACUUCGUCCUUAAGCUUUGAUGGGUGUGGUAUCUGUGUGUCCUUUUCAUCACUUAACAAUUGCACUUUCCAUGUACUGCAUGCUAUUUCAAAUUAAUUUUAUGGUACUUUUGGUAGUCAGUAUGACAAUUUGGAUCUAUCUCUUAGUAGUGGACAAUGUUUCGAGUUUGUGUGUGCAAAAUUAGUGGUAAUAUGUGAAAGCUGUUUGAUGUUAGGCAUUUGCUUUACAAUUCUAUCCUGAUAACAUUUAUAACGAAUCAAUACUGCUUUCUUUUUGGUGGUGAUUCUUACUUUUAUUUUUGAAUAUCAGUGUUUCUUGUCUUUUUAGGCUGAAAAUAAGGCUACUUGCAAUUUUGUUGCAUCUUUUAUUCAGUUAAAAUUUUUUGGUUUAACGCUGAAUUUAUGGAUGUCAAGACAUGGUUCAUCCAUCAUUGGUUGUAUGCAUCUUGUACGGAUCCGUGCUUUCUUCAUUCCCUUUCUGGUUAACUUUUGGAAAUACUGAGUAGUCAUUUAAUCUCAGGUUAGCAGCAGAAUAACAUGGUACGAAAUAAAGUAAUUGUUGAGGUCUUACUGCAGGCCUUAUUCAACUAAUAAAAUCUUGAGGUUAAGGUGUGUGUGCAAUCUUUUGUUGUGGUAAUUCCUGAGUAUUCUUACUGAUUCAUUGUGGGAAGUGACAAUAAAAGGUCAUUGUUGUGCACUUCAUAUUUUAUGAUUCAAAAUCAUGAUAUCUGAUUCAAUGCUCUAUUUCAUAUUAUGAGCCUGAAACAGAAAAGGAAAGGCAGACAAGAAGAAUUAGUUUGAAUGAUUUUGUUAUUGAAUGUUACUUUUUUAAAUGUUCUGGGAUAACAUCCCCCUUUUCUACAAUGGGAAAACAAUGCACGAUUAUUUGAGACCUUAUGGGUACAUUCUUUGCAAGUGGUCUUUUUAAGUUGGUCUCCAAAGGAAAGAAAGGGAAAAAACACUUGUUAGAUUAAAAACAGAAAAAAAGAAAGCAUCUUUUAGAUUCUUUCUCAAAGAAAGUUCUUGAAAAGAUGCAAGAAAUAAUAUGUUUGUCCCAGCAAUUCUGAAGUAAUGGCUUGAAAGAACUCUGGGAAAAGGUCAAAUCAGACUUCUAUAUAGGAAGAUAUCUUUAAUAAUGGAUUUUUAGGCCUUUGAAUAGUUCUGCUGUUAAAUUUGUCAAGUAGUGUUUUAAUUUUGCAUGCACCCAAAGACAAGGAAAUGAGACAUCAGCAUGGUUUUAAUGGUAAAGGGACCAACACAAAAAAAUACAAAAUCUUGUCAAAAAGAGCUGUAUGGUUUUUGAAAGCCCACUUAAGAGAGGAUUUAGGGAAAAUGUGUAUAUAUAUAUAUAUAACAUGCCACCAAAAAUUAAUAAUUCCUCUUUAACCCUGUUGUUGGCCCUUAUAACUUUGACAUUAUUUGCAUCAUAAUUGUCCAUUAAUCAGGAACAAUGGUGAAAAUUUUAGAGCUAACAAUGCUUCAAGUGUCUUGUCCUUGCUUUUUUUUUUUUGUUUUUUUUAUUUGGUGCAAGGAGCCUUUGCUUAAACUUGUUUGCAGUUGGAGUAUCCCAUUGGCAGAGAAUUCUGAUCAAAUCUUCAACUAUUAUCAGAGGAAAGUGUAUCCAGCAUGUGAACCUGUCGGAAAUUCUGCUAUCAUGUAUGCCUUUGAUAUAAAGAAUGAUUACCCAUAUUUGUUUAAACUUCUGUUUUGUAAAUUGAAUCUAGAAUGAUUGUCUGAAUAAGAAUGUUUAGACUAAUAAUUAUUAUAAACAGGUUUGUGAA